AAUUUCUAAUGUAUUUAUUUUAUAAAAAUUUAAAAAGUUGCCAAACCCAAAAAUAUAUUAUAUAUUAUCUAUGCUAUAAAUAAUUGACUGUGUAAAAUAAUUUUGUAAUUAAUUAAUAUAAAAAGUUGAGCUGUUUUUAUUGUCAAUGGUGGUUUGUCCAGCACCUUGAUCAACCAUCAUCAUACCCAAAAAAGUAAUUGCAAUGAACAGAGUCUUCACCAACUCUCCCAUGUCCAAAGUCCAAGCAUAUCACUGAUUCUAAACUCUCAAAAACUUGCCAACUUGUGGAAAACACACACAUCUCUGAUUCCUCCGUUUUAAUGGGUUGGGAAUUGCUCUUCUGGCUGCUUCUUUGUUUCCCUCUCAACAUUGCCUUUUUUGCCUCUUCUUUUUACCAGGUUUUGAUAUUAUCGGACUUGGAAGAUGACUAUAUGAACCCUUUUGAUGCCUCGUCUCGAGUCAAUUACUUCGUGGUUCCCGAGUUUAUUGGGCAGGGAUUACUCUGUGCUCUUUGCCUCCUCACAGGUCAUUGGAUCAUGUUCUUGCUCACACUUCCUCUUGCUUGCUAUCAUGCCAAUCUAUUUAUGAAACGGCAGCAUCUUCUUGAUGUUACUGAAGUUUUUAGGGUGCUUAAAGCUGAGAAGAAAUUUCGGAUUGUCAAACUUGCUUUCUACUUAUCAGUCCUGAUUAUAACUAUCUUCAGGCUUGUACUACUACUUGUCUACUAUUUUGACCUUGAAGAUGAAUGACACACAAAACCUAUGCAAACCCACACUUGUGCUGUAUGACCACCAAUGUAGCUGAUCAUGUUUUGUUCUGGAUACAACUUUUGGGUCAACAUGGGCUAAAUCUAAUUCAAGUAAUUUUGGGCCUGAGAUAGAUUUGUUACAGUGGAGUCCAAGAUCUAUAUGGACUCUGUACUCAGUUUCGGAUGAGACUAAUGGGCCUUGUACUCCUCCUUCUAUGGAAAUUGGAGGCCAACAUACUUUGAUUUCUUGUUAGUCCUUUUUGUUGUAAAAACCAGGAUGCAAGUCCAUGAUCAACUAACAGCAAGUCUUUUCGUUGAUAAUUUAAACAAUUUAGAGAGAAAGUUAUUUAUGUUUA